AUGACACCUCUCUCCACCAGGCUGCCCAAGACGUGGAAGCCGCAGCUGCUCAAGCGGCAGUUCUACAGCGAGAUCCUGGACGCCACGCUGACCAUCACCGUCACCAUGCGCACGCUCGACCUCAUCGACGCCGCCUUCGGCUUCGACUUCUACAUCCUCAAGACUCCCAAAGUUGACUUGUGCUCCAAGCUCGGGAUGGAUUUGAAGCGGACGAUGCUGCUGCGCCUGGCCCGGCGGGAUCCCAAGCUGCAUCCCGAUGAUCCAGCCAGGAGAGAGGCCAUCUAUGACAAGUACAAGGAAUUUGUGAUCCCAGAAGAGGAAGCUGAAUGGGUUGGCUUGAGUUUGGAAGAAGCCAUAGAAAAACAGAGGCUCCUGGAAAAACAGGAUCCUGUCCCUCUCUUCAAGGUGUAUGCUGAAGAGCUUGUCAGCCAGCUGAAAGAACAGCAACAGGCAGUGCAGAAGCAGUAGAAGGAGAGAAACCUUGGGAGCAAAAUCCCUGCUGCAGACAAAGCACUGGGGUUCAGGGGCCCUGCUGCCUGAACCACACUGGUGGGGAAGGGGCCACAGGAAAACACACACUCCUGAAGUGUCAUGACAGCCUAAAUUCAGUGAGGACCUGUUCCUGUGGGCUGAGGAAAGAGUUUCUAUGCUGUGGCUCUGAGAGUUCUUGUCAGACUGACUCACUGUGGAUCUCCUGCCUGUGCAAGCAGUUGGCUGCUGUUGAGAGCCCCCCUGUGAUAGGAAAUAUACAUUUUGGUAUUAACAGCAGUAAACUUCUCUCUGAUA